AUGAAUGUCUUCAUAUGGAAUUGUAGAGGGGCUGUUAAGAGGCAAUUUAGGAGUACCUUUAAUAGAUUUAAAAUAAAAUACAAGGUUGGGGUGGCUGCUAUUUUGGAGCCAAGAGUGAGUGGUGAAAAAGCUAUUAGAGUAAUCAAUAAAUUGGGCUUCUCUAACCAUAUUGUAGUUGAUGCUCAUGGUUUUUCUGGUGGAAUUUGGCUGUUGUGGAAUUCUAAUGAAGUCAAGGUUUCUUUCAUUUCUAAGCAAGACCAAUUCAUCCAUUGUUGGAUUGAGUUUGCUGAGAUGAAAGGGUUCUACUGGACGGCAGUUUAUGCAAGCCCCCAUGAGGGGAAGCGCAAGAGUUUGUGGGAAGACUUGAGACUGAUUGGGAGGACAAUGGAUGAUCCAUGGUUGGUGUCAGGAGACUUUAAUGAAAUUGUUUGUGCUGAGGAGAAGAGAGGAGGUGGUCCUGUUGAUUAUAAUAGAUGUAAUCAAUUCUCAAAUGUUUUGAGUGCUUGUGGUGUGCUGGAUUUGGGGGGAGGUGGAAAUAGAUUCACCUGGAGAGGCCCUAAGUUCCUGCACUUGAAUAGGAUUUUUAAGAGGUUGGACAGGGCAGUGGCAAAUGAGUGUUGGAGAACCUCUUUUGAAGAUGCUGAUGUCUUAACCCUCCCUGGAUUGUUUUCUGACCACUGCCCUAUUCUUGUCAGAUUGGUUAAGGAGGAUUCUGAUUGGAGGGAAAGGCCUUUUAGUUUCCUUCUUUCUUGGCAGUGUGACCCUAGGUUCAAUAAUUUCUUUAAAGCUAACUGGAAGAAGGAUACUAGCAUGUGUGAUAGCUUGAAAUCCUUUGCUCAUGCUCUUAAGGACAGGAAUAAAAAUGUGUUUGGCUUUAUUCAGCAUAAAAAGAACAGAAUCAUAGCUAGACUGGAUGGGAUUCAGAAAUUGAGUAGUUGUAACAAUUCCAGGCAGUUAGAAAAAUUGGAAGCCAAUUUGAAAAAGGAACUUUCUGGUAUUCUUGAUCAAGAAGAGCAUCUUUGGUUCCAAAAAUCCAGGAGGGAUUGGAUAAGGGAUGGAGACAGGAAUACUAGAUUUUACCAUACUAGUACCCUUAUCCGGAGGAAAAGGAACAAGGUUAUUAAGCUGCAUCUUGCAGCUGGCCACUGGUUAAUUGGGGAGGAGGCACUUAUUGCUAUGGCCAGAAAUUUUAUAUUGAUCUCUUCAAAGAAGAAGUUGUAA